UUCUCCCAACUCCCUGUCUCCUUCACAACGGACUUGAUUUACUUCGUUUCUUCAUUUCUUGCCCCCCCCCUCCCUUCCUCCCUUUCAGCUCCUGACAUAAGUAGCUUCUCUAUCCCUGACCAUCUAAAAGCAACCUUCAGAGGGCCAGACUCAAACCUCCGAGGCUUUUCAGACACCAGAGAAACUUUUUUUCCUCUGCUGUGGGAUCAGACGUCCAUCUCUUUCACUGUGAGGAUGGUGGAGCGAGCCAUGCCCUCUGACUUUCUAACACCUUUCCUGGAACUGGACAAGGAGUUCUGCAAGAAUUUCCGUGGCCUGGAGGCGACAGAUGGCUCGUCUGCCGGCUCACAGCAGCAACGGCAGCAGCACAGUCAAAGAGUCCUGGGCUUCCAGCGUCGCCAUUCUCUCUGCCCCGUGACCCUCCCCAACUCCAAGUUCAACAGCAGCAGCUCUGAGGCGACAGAGUCAGCCUGCUGGGGGCUCAGUAUGGCGGCAAACAAGCAGUGGAACAGGGAGGGUCAGCUUCCCCUUUCCUCGCUCAGCCACAUCCCCUUCAGAGUCGACCGCUCAGUCAGCAUGAUCGAGGGCAACAGCAGCCACUUGGGAAGCAGAGAGGACAAAAUGGCCUCCGUGUCGCCAACACUGCUCCUCCCUCCACCGGGCCUCUGUCUCAGCAACACCUCUCUCUCCUCCACUGCUUCCCCCUCAGCUUCCAAACCUCCAGCCCCCUCGCCUCACAUCUCCACCCGAUACAAGACCGAACUCUGCCGCACCUACGAGGAAAGCGGGACCUGCAAGUACGGCACCAAGUGCCAGUUUGCCCACGGCUUGGACGAGCUGAGAGGCCUCAGCAGGCACCCCAAGUACAAGACAGAGCCCUGCCGCACAUUCCACACAAUAGGUUUCUGCCCGUACGGCGCCCGCUGCCACUUCAUCCACAACGCUGAUGAGCUCCACGCUGGCAACUCCACCGUCCCUCCACAGAAACAGAAGCCGAGGCCUCCUCUGCUGCGUCACAGCCUGAGCUUUGCAGGCUUCUCCUCUCCGCAGACUUUCCAACCAGUUGAGGAGUCACAGCCUUCCUCCCUCCUCUUCACCCGAGCCUCCUCUGUCUCCCCCCCUCCAUCCUCUGCAGGGAGCCCAGAGCUCCUCUCCCCUCUCUUUCCUGAGCCGAGAGCACUGAAGCAUUGCCCCUACCCCUUCUCUGGCAUCACCGACUUGGCAGGUGAGAGCGGUGAUUCGGCUCUGCGCUUCUAUGCUGUGACCGAUUCUGUCAGCACCAGGUGUCCCACCUCAAAUUUCACCUCCAAAACCCCAAACCUCCCUUACCACCUCCCCCAGCAGCUGCCAGUCUCCCUAAACAGCCUCCCUGGCCUUCAGCGCUGCUCCUCGGCUGACUCCCUCUCUGAGGAAGGCUACACCUCCUCCUGCUCCCUUAGCUCUUCCUCCAGCGGUACAGAGUCACCGAGCUUCGAGGGCCGACGUCUGCCCAUCUUUAGCCGUCUGUCUGUUUCAGACGAGUAAGGAAGGGUUUUACUGUAGGGCUGAUUUUAAUCCUAAAUGCAGCCACGUAAACGUACCUAACUUUGUGCAUAUUGCAUUUCUCAUCCAAGCAGUUGUAGCGCUGCUCAGUGUUCGUCCAGUUUUAGCUGACUUCUUGUUUUUGUUUUAUCUUUAUUUUUGUAAGGUUGUUCUUUUAUGCCAUUGUUACUGCUGUAUACUGUUGUAUACCCAUUUUUAGAGAAUACUUGGAGGGUACUUCACUGAGCUCAGCAUUCGUCCUUAUGCUGUUCCAGCUCAGUGGGAAGUUCUGUGUGAGAAUUUCCUGUACCCUGAUUUUAGGAAGGAUUUUAUGAUUAGUGCUGUUUGGCCUAUGUAUGACUGGUGUGCUCUCCACUUUUUAAAAUAGCAGUGUUGUUUGUUACACAUUAUUUUUCUUAUUCUCCUUCUUACAAACAGUUUCAGUGAUGCAGCACUUGUCUGGUCAUAUUCAGGACUCUACAACUGUACGAAACCAGCCUCUCGUCCAUGAGUAUGAGGGUUAAAUAAGUGUAUGCUGUCACUGAUUGAUUAACUGAUUGGUUGUAUUGCUGUGGCCUCUUGAUUGUAGUUGUCAGCCAUUUUAACUGCCUGGCAAGGAUUCAGCUAAACUGCCUUAGCAGCAAAGAAUAGCACACAUGUAGGCAACCCACUGACUUUCUCUAGUUACCAAAGUUAAUGUUAGCGUUCCCCUAACCCAUUUGUACUGUUUAACAUCUAGCUAGCCUUUAGCCAUGACAGUCAAUAUACAGUGUUAUGAUUAUUGUAAUUAUUGCUUAACACUUUUUUUACUUUUAUUUAUUGCUUUUUGUAUGGUUUACUGUUUCUGUCAGAGUUUGCUUUGUGAUGCAUUUUUUAUGAUGCCGGAGAAAUUAUGCUUUACUUAUGCAUUCAUGAUGUCCGUCUGCUUGGUUUACACCAUCCAGUAGCUUUAAGAAGGCUCGAGGAGAGGAGAGGAAAGGAGGGAGAAAGACAUUUUGGCAUUCUACAUGUGUGUUGCCUUAUUGGCUAAUAGGCCUGGCAGAAAUCAAGGCUCACUGAGUUUUCACAUCACAAGCAGCUCGAUGAAUCAGUCAGUGGUUUCUCUGACCGGAGGCGUCCAUCAGUGAUACUGCAUCGGAACUUUCUGGAAGCACCGUGUGGUGUGAGCACACAGUGGGUCUGCUCUCCUCUCCGUCGAGCCUCACACCUCUGUCUGUAACAACCUUUUUCCCAGUGUUAUCCGUUGUUACCUAAAUGCAAAGCAAAACGGUGGUGAAGGACGGGUUCAUCAUACGUUCAUGGCCUUAGUGUGAGUCAGCAGCGGCAAGAAAAAAUGUGAAUACAUUAUGACCAUCAGUUUCUGAACUACAUGACCAGAAAAAGAGCAUCAACAUUUCAUGGUACAUGUGUGAGGACCAGGACUGCUGUGCUGCAGUCUGUGUGUGUGCAAAUUCCUUCUUUAAAACUCCUGUGGACUCUGUUCUCUGUGAUAUAAGGACACAGGUGAAAGGGUGACCUUUGUUUGUAGCUGAUGUUUAUCUAUCAGAGUUGCCUUGAUGACAAUGUGUUCAACUUCUGGUCAACUUCUGUUGCACGCUAGCUAGCUAACUCUCUGAGCGGCAGGUGAAAUCAAGCGAGUUCAAAUGAAAUCAGGCAAAAUCUUUAUUGUUUGUUUUUGUCAUGACUUGCCCUGACGAGUCCAGAGACGCUUGUUGUUGUUGUUAUAGCUUGUCGUUAGCUUGACUUGACAGCAAGCCACUUUUGUAACUUUUGUUAACUUAAAAUCUUAUUUAUUUUGUUUUUCAAAGCAAACCUAUAUUGUGUUUUUGUUAUACAUAAUUUAAGUGCAUUUAUUGUUUACAUUCCAUGGGUUAUGUUGAUAUCCUAGCUCUUUAUCUUAAUAUAUUUGUCCACCUUUAUUUCAAAAUAAAAGUCUUU